AUGGUCCGCAUCACGACGUGGAAUGUCAAUGGCAUUCGCAACCCUUUUGGCUACAAACCAUGGAGCACCAAUCGGACGUUCAAUGCCAUGUUUGAUAUCCUCCAGGCGGAUAUCGUCAUCAUGCAAGAGCUGAAGAUCCAACGCAAAGACUUGACUGAUGACAUGGUGCUUGUGCCCGGCUUUGACUGCUACUUCAGCUUGCCCAAGCAUAAGAAGGGUCGGUACUACUCACUUGGGCAAUCUUGGACCGCGCAUAGACAUCACGUGCUGAUAGGUGUAGGAUACUCUGGUGUGGGAAUAUAUACUCGCCAAUCCGUAUGCGCCCCAAUACGGGCUGAAGAAGGCCUCAUGGGCGUUCUAUGUCCACCCAACUCAUCCACACCCUACCGCGAACUUCCUGAAUCGACUUCCAUAGGCGGCUACCCUACGCCCUCUCAAGUAGCCGAUAUUGGUGAUGUCGACCCAGCAGCCCUCGACGCAGAAGGUCGAUGUCUCGUUCUUGAAUUUCCUGCCUUUGUUCUCUUCGGCGUGUACAGUCCAGCAAACAGCAAUGGCCUCAGGGACGACUUCCGGCUCGGCUUCCUCAUGAUGUUGGACGCAAGAAUCCGCAAUCUGAAGAAGAUGGGAAAAAAUCUCAUCCUCACUGGCGAUCUCAAUGUCUCCCGGGAUUUAAUCGACACGGCAAAGGCAGAUGAUCAUAUGCGAGCCGAAGGCAUGACGCACGAAGAGUACCUCAGCACACCAAACCGCCGAAUCUUCAACCAGCUUCUUUUCAAUGGGAAAGUGCCUGGAAAACGAGACAAGGGACGGGAAGAGCCGGUUCUUUACGAUCUCUGCCGCGAGUAUCACCCCGAUCGCGAAGGUAUGUUCACACACUGGGAGCAAAAGAUCAACGCACGGCCGGGUAAUUUUGGAUCACGGAUCGACUUCAUACUAUGCAGCAUAGAGAUCAAGGAUUGGUUCAUGGAGGCCAACAUUCAAGAAGGCUUGAUGGGCUCAGAUCACUGUCCAGUGUACGCUGUGACGAAAGACAAAGUGUCAGUGGGGCGCAGUCAGGAGGCCGCAGCUGAAGCUGAGCAUCCAGAAGAAGAAAAGCACAUUCUGGAUUCGAUGAACCCUACUGGCAUGUUCCAAGGUGGUGUUCGGUUACGGGAAUACGAUCCGUCCAGAGACAUGCCGGCAUUGAGUGGAAAGCGGCUUCCCGAGUUCACAAAGCGAAGAAACAUCCGAGACAUGUUUAGCAAAAAGCCAGCACUAUCCAAAUCCGCUUCGACAACUCGGUCCACGCUCAAUGAAGGAACAGCGCCGUCGAGUGCCAUGAUCGCGGACCCUUCAUCUACUGCUACCACCGAGGCGAACAAAGCACUUGCGCCACCAACAUCCACUGCGAACGGCGACAAAGCACCCCUUGUAACCCCCCUGAACUCUCCCGAAAAGAGACGUGCCUCUGCUUCCGCCUCACCCGGAAAAACCCUCAAGCGAUCCAAAUCCAACAACCCAGUCGCCGGAUCCAAUCCCACCAAAGGCCAACAAUCACUCAAAGGCUUCUUCCUCACACGCAGUAAACCAACCGAACCCAGCCCAACCAAAGACGAAGCACCUCUGUCGGUGCCCUCCACUCCCGCUGUCCCCACCGGCGAUCCUUCAUCCCAAUCCGCUACCGGCGCCCCCGACCUCUCCGUCUCUCAAACGUCCGAGACCUACGAUCCCGACCCGCUCGCCACACAAGAAGCAUCACGGGAAUCCUGGUCAAAGCUCUUCUCCAAGAAACCGACGCCACGGUGUGAGCAUGGCGAGCCGUGCAUCACGCUGACGACGAAGAAGCCGGGCAUGAAUUGUGGGCGGCAAUUUUACAUGUGUCCGCGGCCCAUUGGGCCGAGUGGGCAGAAGGAGACGGGGACGCAGUGGCGGUGUGGGACGUUCAUCUGGAGUAGUGAUUGGAAGGGCAGCUGA